AUGGCUUUCUUUCGCCUAUUGGCAGAUUCCCCAGUGGUUGUGGGUUUCGGAGCCUUCCCAUGGAUUCGUUUUCUGCUGUCUAGGCGACUCGCGUUGCCUGGUCUGGGUGGGUGUCUUGUUUGCCCUGAUAGUCUCAAGUGCAGUGAUAAUGCACGGCCAGCUGGCCAGCUGGCUCUACUCCUCACCACAACGGAGAAGAGCGUCAUCGCGCGUUACUACCGGAACCGACAUGAUGGCGAUGUCAAGAACAUCUUCCACAGUGCAUUGCGAUCCAAGCCCACCGACGCAAACAGCCUGCUUCGCACGUACGCCCAAGCGGUUGGGCCCAGCUGUGAUGACCCUACAGUACGACAAGCUGCGUACGAAGCUGCACGCCAGCAGCAUGGCAGUACACCGGUGCUCAGCAGCGCUGCUUCCUACUUCAACCAGCCGUUCUUGUCCGCCGCAGAGAGGGGCUUAGAGGGAGCCCUCCUCGGCGAAGUCGUCGCCUGGCUCCUAGGUCUGCGCAUUCCACUGGUCAGACCUGGCCGGCGCGUGCCGCAUCAGAAGCUAAGGGCGGCGGCGAAGGCAGCGGCGGCGCCGAUGGUGGCGCUGCGGCAGCAACCGCAGCUGCGGCAGUGCAGCUGCCGCCGCAGCCUCAGCAGCCGCAACAGCGCCAAUCUCACCCGGAGGAGCUACAGCUCAUCUACCGGGAACAUAGCUGGACUGCAGGCCAGGGUCCUUUGUACGGCAGUCCUGGGGCGGGUUCACAUGCCGCUAGCCUGUACGGCAGUCUGGGCCUCCCUUUGGGCGUGCGUGCCCAUUCCCGUCAGCCUCGACCCGCGAAGCAGCCAUCGACUAGAUGCGGCGGUCAUGACAACAGCCUCUGCUCCCAUGCGUGAUCCGGAAAUCGUAAGCUUGGCUUCGUCUGGCCGUUCAGCCAGCGGCGGUGUAGUCACCGCCGCUGGCGCCGGUGAUGCCCAGCCACCAGACCCUUUGGAGGAGCUCCUGCGCGACCUGGAGAGCCCCUCCACCAGCGCCGCGUCACUGCUGGGCAGCGCCCGUCCCGUGGAGACUGGUAUACCGCUGCGGCUGGUGCAGCGGCCGCGGCUGCCGGUGGAUCCGUUGAGCCGGCCGCCGCCGCCAGGGCCGCCGCCGGUGCCCGCCGGUGGUCAGCUCGCCACUGCGCGGCUAACUGUCGGCGGCAUAGGGCCCAUCUCACCGCUGGGGACACGGGGGAGCUCAGGCGCUCAAACGGAGGCGUGGGCUACAGCGUCUGCCAGCGGGCCGACCGUACCCUUCCUCUUCCCGGCAAUGCCGUUGUUCAGCGGCGGCGCCAACCCGCCGGUGACGUCAGGUGACGCCAGCAUUACGACUGUGCCCUCCGUGUGGCCGUGGGCCGGCGCUGGGGCAGGCAGUGGUGGUGGUGGGGCCGCCGCUUCGAAUGUAGUCGACUUUGGCCGGGACACUUCCUCGCCCGUGGUGUCCUUGGAAGCGGGGUUGCGCCAACGCCGGUUCUGGUCCCAAGCCGGGAGCCUUCCUCUGCGCGUGUGUGGCUCGGGAACCUGCAUGUGCGUGUUUGCAUAG